CUGGAGGCGGCGCUGGUGGUAGCGGCGGCGACAGCCGUGGCCCGGCGGCCUGGGACAGAGUCAGAGUCGAUGGUGGCAGCAGCGACGACGGCGGCUGCCGCGGCGGUGGCGACGGCCGCGGAAACUCGGAGCUGAGAGGAGCUGCGGCUCGGACCAGCGCGGUUAAAUUUCACACUAUGUGCUGACUGUAUCUACAGAAGAUAAUUUAAAAAAAAAAAAAGAUAAACUUUUUUUCAAAGAUUUUGAUUCCAGUGGAAUCUUUGCUUUAGAUUUUGUGUGUGUGUGUGCGUUAGUGAAUUGUAACUCCAGAAGCAAUGCCUGUACAAGCUCCACAAUGGACGGAUUUCCUCUCCUGCCCAAUUUGCACUCAGACUUUCGACGAAACAAUUCGGAAACCCAUCAGUUUGGGGUGUGGCCAUACUGUCUGCAAGAUGUGCCUGAAUAAACUCCACCGCAAGGCUUGCCCAUUUGACCAGACCACUAUCAAUACAGACAUUGAGCUCCUCCCUGUGAACUCAGCAUUGCUACAGCUAGUGGGUGCUCAGGUCCCUGAGCAGCAGUCCAUUACAUUGUGUAGUGGUGUUAAAGAUACAAAGCAUUAUGAGGAAGCCAAGAAAUGUGUAGAAGAAUUAGCAUUGUACCUGAAACCACUCAGCAGUGCUAGAGGAGUGGGUCUGAAUAGCACUACUCAAAGUGUUCUCAGUCGCCCAAUGCAAAGAAAGCUUGUGACUCUGGUCCACUGCCAACUAGUGGAAGAAGAAGGCAGAAUUCGUGCCAUGAGAGCCGCUCGAUCUUUAGGUGAACGAACAGUUACAGAGCUCAUUCUCCAGCACCAGAAUCCUCAGCAACUCUCUUCCAAUCUGUGGGCAGCAGUCAGAGCUAGGGGCUGUCAGUUCCUUGGACCAGCAAUGCAAGAGGAAGCUCUAAAGCUGGUUCUUCUGGCCUUAGAAGAUGGUUCUGCUUUGUCUAGAAAAGUGUUGGUUCUCUUCGUGGUGCAGAGGUUGGAGCCACGGUUUCCCCAAGCCUCCAAAACUAGCAUUGGGCAUGUUGUUCAGCUCCUUUAUAGAGCCUCUUGUUUCAAGGUCACUAAGCGUGAUGAAGAUUCUUCUUUGAUGCAACUGAAAGAAGAAUUCAGAACGUAUGAAGCUCUGCGGCGAGAGCAUGAUUCCCAGAUAGUGCAGAUUGCUAUGGAAGCAGGCUUGAGAAUUGCCCCAGACCAGUGGUCAUCUUUGCUUUAUGGAGACCAGUCUCAUAAAUCUCAUAUGCAAUCCAUUAUUGACAAGUUGCAGACCCCAGCCUCUUUUCUACAGAGCGUUCAGGAACUAACAAUUGCUCUCCAGAGAACUGGAGACCCAGCAAACUUGAACCGUCUAAGACCCCAUUUGGAGCUGUUAGCAAAUAUUGACCCUAGUCCAGAUGCUCCUCCUACUACAUGGGAACAGCUAGAAAAUGGGCUGGUUGCUGUGCGUACAGUGGUACAUGGGCUAGUUGAUUACAUUCAGAACCACAGCAAAAAAGGAGCAGAUCAACAGCAGCCUCCACAGCAUAGCAAAUAUAAAACAUACAUGUGUCGAGAUAUGAAGCAGAGGGGAGGAUGCCCUCGCGGAGCCAGCUGUACAUUUGCACACUCACAGGAGGAACUGGAAAAAUUUCGUAAAAUGAACAAGCGUCUGGUUCCCAGAAGACCCCUGAGUGCCUCUUUGGGUCAGCUUAAUGAGGUGGGCCUGCCUUCAGCCGCAAUCCUUCCAGAUGAAGGUGUGGUGGAUCUGCCUAGCAGGAAAGCCUCUGCGCUGCCCAAUGGAAUUGUGUCAGCGGGGAACACAGUAACACAGCUCAUCCCACGAGGGACAGACCCCAGCUUUGAUUCCAGUCUGAAACCAGGAAAGAUAGAUCAUCUGAGCAGUAGUGCUCCCGGAUCCCCUCCUGACCUGCUAGAAUCUGUCCCUAAAAGUAUUUCUGCCUUACCUGUGACUCCACAUUCUGUACCUCAAAGGGGGCCACCAGAACUGCCCCCCAUGCCUGUCACCAAACCACUUCAGAUGGUACCACGAGGUUCUCAGUUAUAUCCACCACAGCAAGCUGACGUUUAUUAUCAGGAUCCUCGAGGAGCUGCCCCACCAUUUGAACCAGCACCUUAUCAGCAGGGGAUGUACUAUACUCCACCACCACAGUGUGUGUCCCGCUUUGUCCGACCUCCACCAUCUGCUCCUGAAGCUGGUCCUCAAUACUUGGAUCAUUAUUCACCCUACCUCCAAGAUCGUGUCGUAAACACUCAGUAUGGCACCCAGCCGCAACAGUAUCCAGCUAUGUACCCACCUCACUAUGAUGGCCGUCGAGUAUACCCUGCUCAGUCUUACACAGCAAGAGAAGAGAUCUUCAGAGAAAGUCCUAUACCCAUUGAGAUUCCACCUGCAGCAGUACCAUCAUAUGUACCAGAAUCCAGAGAAAGAUACCAACAAGUGGAAGGUUACUAUCCAGUGGCUCCUCAUCCAGCUCAGAUCAGACCUUCAUACCCCAGAGAGCCUUCUUAUGGCCGGCUUCCUCCUCCACAGCCCCACCCUAGUCUAGAUGAACUGCAUCGCAGACGAAAGGAAAUAAUGGCCCAGUUAGAGGAAAGAAAGGUUAUCUCUCCACCUCCUUUUGCACCUUCACCAACAUUACCACCUGCAUUCCAUCAAGAGGAAUUUUUGGAUGAUGAAUUGAAGAUAGCUGGAAAAUACAAAACAAAUGAUUAUAGCCAAUACUCUCCUUGGUCAUGUGACACCAUUGGCUCCUACAUUGGAACCAAAGAUGCAAAACCCAAAGAUGUUGUGGCAGCAGGGAGUGUGGAAAUGAUGAAUGUGGAUACUAAAGGAAUGCGAGACCAGAGAGUGGAUCUUCAAAGAAGAGCAGUAGAAACUAGUGAUGAUGACCUUAUUCCAUUUGGAGACCGACCAACAGUAUCUCGGUUUGGAGCCAUCUCUCGAACAUCCAAAACGAUAUAUCAGGGUGCUGGCCCAAUGCAGGCUAUGGCACCUCAGGGAGCUCCCACAAAAUCUAUUAAUAUUUCAGAUGAUGAGUACCUUAGAAGAAGAAUCAAACCUGAAUUGCAUCAUACCACAGUAACUCAUUCUCUUACAGAUUAUAGUCCAUACGGGGCCCAUGGUGGCUGGGGAGGCUCUCCAUAUUCACCCCAUCAAAGCAUACCUUCUCAGGGACACUUCAGUGAGAGGGAGAGAAUAUCCAUGGCAGAAGUGGCCACUCAUGGAAAGCCCCUUCCAUCUGCAGAGAGAGAACAGCUAAGACUCGAAUUACAACAACUGAACCAUCAGAUUAGCCAGCAGACCCAGCUACGUGGAUUGGAGGCUGUUAGUAACAGGCUGGUGUUGCAGAGGGAGCCAAACACCCUGGCAGGCCCGCCACAGCCACCUCUACCACCUCCAAAAUGGCCUGCAAUGAUCUCCAGUGAGCAGCUGAGUUUGGAACUGCACCAGGUAGAAAGAGAAAUCGGGAAGAGAACCCGGGAACUAAGUAUGGAGAACCAGUGUUCUCUGGACGUGAAAGGCAAAUUGAAUACAAGUAAGCAACCAGAAAAUGGACAACCAGAAACACAAAGUAAGGUUCCAGCUGAGGACCUUACAUUGACGUUCAGUGAUGUACCGAAUGGAUCAACCUUGACACAAGAGGAUAUCAGUCUCCUGUCAAACAAGACCAGCUCUCUGAACCUGUCAGAGGAACCUAAAGGAGGAGGGGAUAACAGUGACUCCCAGAGAUCAGGAGUCACUCCCAGUUCCACUCCCUAAAAUAGGAGGAGUUUCUGCUUUGAUCUUCUGCUCCUAAUCAAUUUGUGGGGCACAGGUGAAAGAACAGAUGACUUCUAAAUUUUUUCUUGAAGAGCGGUCAAAAAAAUCAAGAAAAAGCACCGAAGGCAAUGUGCACAAACACCACUACUAAAAACAAACCCUGCACAUAGUUCACAUUAAUGCAUUUUUUUAAUUUAAAGAAAAGGAAAAUUAGCAGUAUCUGCAAGCAAUUCAGAUUAAAUUUGUUUUUGUUCUGUGAAUGAACUUUAUUUUAAUAACUUUGGACGCCUUGGAUCCAGGGCUUUAAAAAAAAUAUUAUAUAUACACUCUGUUUGAUUAAUUGUAUGAUCUUAAUGAAGUAGGUUUUUCUUGUACUUUGGUAUUAUUACAUACCCAGUGUAUAAUUCCUUACCUCCAGUCCUUCCCAACUUUAGCCAUCACAUAGACUAAACCAGAAAACAAAAGCCCUGGCAUUUCUGAGACUUCUGUGGUGCUUAGAGACAGUGAUAGACCAAGUUAUUAGAAAAUGUGCAGCAAACUAAAUUUUCUCAGAGCUGUUCUAUGUAAUUCUUUCCUUUAUGGACCACUGGCUUUAGGAAUACAUUGUUUUCCUUAAAACAUUGAAACUUUGAGUUCCUCAUUUGCAUGUUAAAGAUCCUCUGCAUUUUCUUAAUGUAAUCAAAAAGUUGAUCCAUUGUUUACAUUGUUUGAUUAGAUAAAAGAAAGGUUAUUUUAGGAGUGAACUGGAACUUGCUAGCAUUGAAAAUCUGCCGCUGGUGUAUUGCCUGUUGAACUCACGGUUAUAUUUGGAAAUUCAGAGUUGUGCUUUCUAACUUGCUGAAAUCAUAGGAUACUCAACCAUUUUUUAAAAACUAACCCUUGAUUUGAACAUAAAAUGAAUAGAUAGGGAUAUUAUUUCAGUGGGUAUUUUUGUUUUUACGUUCAAAACCUAAAAGCACAAAAUAAAAUUCCUGUAUACUGGAGUCCCUAGCUUUCAAAGAGAUUUGGCAAAUACAAACUGAGUCUUAAGGAUAGUUUAUCAGAAUUACUAGCAUAACUAGGUAGUAAAUACCUUGCAGUCAGCCUUCAUAGAGUUGGCUUUCUCAUUAAGAAAAGCUGCUUCAAAGAUUGGGGUGGUUGCACCCGCUUUGAUCUCAGCACUGCGAGUGGCUGAGGCAGAAAAAUUGCAAGUUGGAGCCCAACCUGAGUGACUUAGACCUUGUCCCAAAAUAAAAACUAAGAAGGGGACUGGAAGAUGUAGCUUGGUAUGAAACUCUUAGGUUCAAUCCCUAGUGUCUAGAAAAGUAAAAGUUUCUUCACAAGAACGUUGAAAAGAGUAAGGAAGGUUUUUGUUUUUAUUGUUAUGCUGCACAUAUUCUGAUGCCACGAGUCUAUACUUAAUCCCUAGAAAACAUUUACCAGGGAUUUUUUUGUAUAGUCACUCUCUCUCUCUCCAUCCCUAUAUUUGCCUUAUAUUUUCAGUUCCCUUUCUGGGUUAUACUUUUAAAUCAGAAAGCACUGGUUAUGUAAUAAGUUACUGCAUUGCUUUGGUUGGGUAAAGCAAAAGUUUAUAUUUUUCUUGUUUCUUAUAUUCCUACCCCUUAACUCCUGCUGAGGUCAUAGCAACCUCUGUCUAAGCUCUGUGUCCAUCAUAUUAACUGCAACAAAUGGGGGUGGGUGGGAAGGGUAAUACAGUCCUGCCAUUGCCUACCAGUAGGAGAGUCCAAACAGAACACUCUUUUGAGUAGCAAUUAUUUAAUUUGCCCAGUCAAGGCACCAUGUUUAUAUACUAUUUCACAUUGAAUUUGAUUAUGCCCUACAGACCUGGCUGGUCAAGGAUUUGAUAUACACAUAUUGGCUUGGGAUUCGAGCUUUCUUUUUUAUUUAAAUAAAAAUUUAUAUAUAUAUUAUAUAUACAUAUAUACAUAGCUAUAUCUGUAUAUAUAUUGGGUAUGUUUUACGGAUUUCUUCGCAUGAGCGCAGCUGUAGCGAUAAAAAUGACCGAUUGGGAGGUAGAAGCACUGAAUGAAGGUGAGGCAUUUUUUUCAGUAGAAACAUACAUUUUCCUUUCUUUCUCACAUUCAUACAUUCACUUUUUUGGCCUCCCCCCACCCCCACCCCCUGUAAACCCUCUUAAUACUUUAUUGGGAGAAGGAAAGAAACUUCCAUUCUGUCUGAUAGUCUUAAAAGUUUUCAUUUCCCCGUGUAACAAUAAAAGACUAAAUUAUUGUCUUAUUACCUUCAAUAGGCAGAUUUGUGCAGAUCUUAUUUCUUUUUUGGAUAUAGCAGAUAAUUUCUAGGUUUUAUAAGCAGUUGGUUUGCUUUAGAAAUUAGAGUGAGUGAUUUCAACAUUGGGAAACAAUAUGGGUUUUGGGUUGAUUGAGAAUCAGAAAAAAUGUUGCAUUUUGAGUAUGUAUUAAUUUGGGAUUCCUAGUCAUUCAAAUUCUAUUGUUUUUGUUCUUAUUCCUGCAAAUAUGCUAGUAUUUUCAUUUGGGGGCAAAAUAGUUUUUAAAUUUUAGUUUGAACUCUACCAGUAUUCCUCCCAAUAUUCCUCAAAGACCCUGUACUGUAAAUGCAAUCUGCCUGGAUAGAAAAAGUGGUGUACUCCCAUUGUGCCUAAUUCAGCUAUUUUAGAUUGGUCAUUCUGCCUAAUACCUAAUGAAAAUUCUUACAGCUUUCUUAGUACCCACCAACAGGUAUAUGAAUUCAAUAAAACCCCAAACUUUGGAAUUUAGUUUGUUUGGUUUUGAGUUUUUCCUUUUGCUUUUAUGAUAUUGUACUCUGCUAUAAGGAGCCAGUAAUUAUUAAUGACCUGUUGAGGCAUAAUUACUUGACUCUACCUGCUUUUAAAAUGCAAAUUAACAAAGCAUUGAUUUUUCUUUCAGCUUUUUAAUUUCAUUAGUGCCUUUAAAACAUUGACAUGAAACCAAUUAGAUAGUACAAUUUUUAUUCUUUCUUAUUUAAAUAUUAGUAUCUUUUAAUAAGACUGUUUGCUUUUCCCGAAUUCAAAAGCAAGACUUAGACAUCUCAGAUGAACAUGAAUACUUCUGAAAGAAUUAAGGUAGGAGGAGUAGGCAUAUUUAGCUAACAGAGGUAGGGGUUUUAUCAUAGGAAGUACUCUGGCUUACUCUGUUUUGAAAAGGUCUUUAGACAAGGGUAGACAAACUUGAGUUAAUAAGACAUCCACACUGUUUCCUGAAAGGAAACUUGUUCUCUUGAUUAAUUUGUAGAUACUGUUGUAAGAUAAGUGUAAUAACUACCCUGCAAUGGAUAAUAUAAAGAGCCUAAAGUGACCAAAGACCUAUUGUUUAUUACUUUUCUAAUUAGUUACAACAUAGGUUUUUAGUAGUAUGACUCAUGAUAAGCACUAUUACUAAUGUCAACUACAAACAUUCAACUACUCAAAAUAUGAAAAAACUUCGUUUGGUACAACAUUGAUGUCAGUGAUUUCUUUCUCCCAUUUUACUUCCCUUCCCUUUUCCCAUUCUUGUCAUAUGUUUAUUAUUUUGCCUACAGUCAGAAAACUGGUAAUAUUCUCAUUUGUUACUUCAAGUAUACAACUCCUUCAGACUUUCCAUGGGUCUUCAGUUGGAGCUCAAACUUUAAUUUCUUAGUUUUCUCUUAAAUAGCUUUUGUUCCUGAUCUUUUUCCAUUCCACAGUUUCCCUUUGACUUACCCACCGCCCUUCCCAAUCUGUAACAAUUGACAGUUUGCUGCCUCAAAACAGAGCAUUCAAAUGAAUUCGCUUAGCCAAUAACUUCUAUGAAGUUGCCUUUUCUAAUGGUGUUUAUUACUCAGUGAUGCACAAAUGUGGUAUUUGCCCUACUGGUAGGCAAAAAGGUCUGGUUAAGAAUGGUAACCUGCUGUUUUCUCUAAAAGGAGAGCCAAAGACUUGUGCUUUACUCUGUUUUGGUUUGGGGGGAAGUAGCCAUUUUGAUUGUAAAACUUUUCAGUGUCUGUGAGUUCAUUGUAUUUAGAUUUGUCUAACGUUAACUGUUAUAUAGUUGGCCUUAUAAAAUGAAAAAGUAAUGAAAAUUCAUUUGUGUUUCUUAAAGAGUAAAUGUCAUCUUUUAUAACAUUGUAAGUAAUUCCCCCCACUUCUUUUUUUUUUUUUUUUUGGUUUGAGGUUAUAUUGUCGUGAUUGCAUCUUUUGUAUUUUACGUUUUUUCACUUGUGCCUAAAGGAUGAUGUACUAUGAUUAUGAUUAGGUGAUGAGAUGAUAAUCUUAAGUGAGCAUUGGCCAGGGAGAAAUAGUAAGCUGUAGUCAGUUUAUUUUGAGAGUCAAAGAAACUAGAUUCUUUGCACUAAAAAAGAUUCAGUUACUAUUACUUAUAUACACAGUGGUGAUGGGUAGGAGUCUCAUUAUUUUCUACUUUUUGUUUAUGUGAGUAAAAGUUCGAUAUAUAAAAUCUCUGUGGGGCCAGGGAUUUAGCUCAGUGGUAUAGUGCCUCCUUGGAGAGUAAGAGGUCCUGAAUUUGGUUCCUGGUACCCAUCCCUGCCCCACUCCCUGCACCAAAUCUAUCUGUAAAAACCACCUGUACUGAUUAUUAUUUCAUGAAAAGAAACAGCCUAGUUAUUUUCUAGGUUAAAAAUAAUAAUCUGUCUAGAAAUUAACUGCAGUGUUUAUUUACAUUUUGUACCUGAAACAGCCCAACUACGUUGAAAUUUUAAUUGGUAAUACAUGGUUACAGUGUUGAAAAUUGAUCGCUUUCUUAGAUAAUAAAAAUUAGAGCUGCUAAACUAAAAACAGAUUUUACUCAGUCUUAGGCACUGAACAAACAAGUAUUGUAAGAGAAUUGCAGUUAAUAUUUUUUUAAUUGCUCAGUUCACCUUUUCCGAGCCAUGUCAAAAAGAAAACUUUUUUGUCAAAGGGCAUUUACUAUUAAUUUUAAUGAAUAACAGUAUUGGAAUUUUAAGAUUUUAUUUCUAGUUGCUAAAGAUAUUUUCAUAAAUAACAUUCUAGUUGACAAGUAAUACUAGAUUAUUUUAAAAAAGAAUAAGGAACCCCUAAUAUCAGGAAUAGGUGAGAUGUAAAUAAAUGUGUUUCCAGUAGGUGGGUUUUCAAUACUGCACUGAACAAAGUGGUUACAGAAGCUCUUUGGAACCCUGUUGUGAUAAAGGCACCUAGCUCAUCACUGGCAUCUUUGAUUUCAUAGCCUCUGGAUUUUCAACCAAACACUGAAUUUCCCCUAAACUUUGUCCCUGAACAAAAUAUCCUUAAGAUAACCUUUAUUUUUAAAGAAAAUAAGGCUAGAGAACUUAACCUCAAAACACUAUUACAUCUGAAAAUGUGCAUUUAAAAAAAUAAAAUUCUGUGGAAUUUAUUGUCCUAAGGCAUAUACUAGAUAAGGUGACUUAUUUUCUUAUAUGAAGGUCACCCUAUUUCUGGAUGGUUUUUCUGCUUGGUUUGUGGUGCUGCUGCUGCUGCUGCUUCAACAGAGCUCACAAGUCUUUGGCAUCCACUUUAAGUUGUAUACUCAGAGUCAUCUUAGAACUGGAAACUGUCAGGUGGUUCCCCACCCCAGUGAGAGUAUAACAAGGUCAAGAAAAGGAUGGAAUAUACGUUGGUAAAUAACUGGUUGGGUUAGGAGAGGAGGUUUUUCUGCGUUGUUUUAUGCCUGAUUUUUAAGUCACCAUUUGUUAAUAUAAUCUCUUCAUUGACUGGUUGCCAUUCUUAUAUCUGAAACAUCUCAUAAAAUAUUCUUCUGACUUGAAGACAUUUAAAGCUUUUGCUUCUCUUUGUGACAUUCUCUGUUUAAGAGAUAUCUUCAGAGCGAUCUUUUUUUUCCAGAUACCUGUUUUCAUUCACCCUUUUCCACCCUUUAUCUUUUUCCCAGCUUCUGGGAAUGAAAGGAACUUGAUUUUUUUUUUUUUUUUUUUUUUUUUUUGCCUUUUAUACAUUGUGAAAAGGGCCUCAUUAUCUUUAUGAUAAAUCUGUGAUUUUUUGAAACAGGAGCAAUGGCAAAAGUGAAUUAAGGUCAUGAAUAAAACCUUUGAUCCACUUAAGCAUUUUCCAGUUGUGAGAUUCCUCUCUGGGUGUGUGGUCUCUUCCCUCUGAGUCUCCUGCUACCCUUUUCCCUGACGAUGGUCAAUUGGUCUUUAGGGUCAUACCAGUCUCCCUGAGACAUUUCUGCAGUCAUUAUCACCUUUUUGGGUGGAUUUUAUUUUUACUUUUUUUUAAAAAAUAACUUUUUAACAUUGAUUUGCUUGGGAUAGAGCUUGUGAAAUUUACCAAUCGUAUUGAUUGUAUGUGAUUGUGCCCUGCAGAGGUAUACUUAACAGAAAAAAAUAACCUAGGUUAAUAAAGGAGCCCAUGAGAUUUGAGUCAGUUUUACAUGAUUUAGGGAAAUACAGUUUUGAAUAGUGAGAAUUCUAUCUCUUGUUCUUCUAAAUCAGCACCACACCAUAUUUAAAAGUUUUCUUGCAUGCCUGUUUUUAUUUUUCCUAUUGCCUCAACCCCUUGUUCUUUUCUUACCUGUCUCUACUUACCUCUUCAGGGAAGGAAAAAAAAUGAGCCUUAAAAGUGACAACUCAUUUUUAAAAUAUUGAGCUUUGUGAAAUUUUACUUUUUCCAGAUGUUUGUUUGUUUCUGUUUCUUUUUUUUUUUUUUCUUUUUUUUAAUGAAGACAAAUAGUGGUUUGGAAUUUCACACUGAAUAAUUUCUAAGCAUCUGGGAAGUUCUGAAAUCUUACUUGAAGAUAUCUUCUGAAAGUUCUUUUGAAGGGGGAGGAACCCUUUAAAAAGGAACCUUUUUUUCCUCUUUUUAAAUGUUUAGGAUUUCCAGUUUUUAACCAGCCUUCAAAACAAAUGUUCUGGAAAAAAAAUAGUAAUAAGAGUGUGUUUAGAAGCCAGGAAUAGUAGUGCACACCUGUAAUCCCCGCAUUUGGGAGGCUGAGGCAGGAGGAUCUCCAUGUUGAAAACCAGCCUGGGCUACAGAGUGAACUCAAGAUCAGCCUGAACUACAUAGCAAGACUGUCUCAAAAAGACCCCCACCCCAAAAAAAAGGUGUGUUUAGGGCAGCAGAAUUCUGGGUCUGAGUAGUUUUGUUUCAUCUAUUGGAGAUUUUUGAAAGGAUUAGGGCCAUCUUUGAGUUUUGUAUCACCUGUAUGCAUGUUCUUUAUACCAGAAAUGCCACAUUUUGUUAAAACGCUAUUUCUUUCUUUAUUACCUUGGAAUCUGACUCAGCCUCUUGUUGCUCCUAAUUAGUGUUUAAGGCUCCUCUGAGUUGCAGAUAAAAGGAUUUACUUUAACAAGUAGAAGAAAUGGUUCACCUUUUGGAUUGUAAAUACAUGAAAGUAUCUAUAAGGUCUUUAUCUGCUUUCUGUGAGCAUUUAUAUUAAAUGAUAAAUUAAUGAGGAAAAA